AUGGCUAAACACGGCCCAAGCAGAGGCUGCGAUAUCUGCAAGCUGAGAAAGAUCAAGUGUGACUUGAGGCACCCAACGUGUUCCCAAUGCCAGAAGGCCAAAUGGACUUGUCCGGGAGUUCCGUCUCACGCCGAAUUCAUCUUUCGGAACCAGACAGAUAUUGUUGUGAGAAAUUCACAAAGGAAGCGUUCAGUGAAGACUAGAGGUCAGAAGACAGAUACCAGCCAAAUCCAUGACCUGCCGCCUCCAUUGCAGGAUCGCGCCGUAGCAUUUUUCAUCCACCAAUAUGUAUCCGGUACAUUUGACUCUUCAGCUUCAGUACAAAGGAGGGGGAUUCAUGAAUAUCUACCAGACUUACUCCAACAGGCAAGGGAUAAAGGGCCGCUAGGGACCAUCACGGCUGCCGCGGGACUUGCAGCUUUGGCAAACGUUGGGAAAUCUACGGGAUGGAAAUCCCAAGCAUAUGGCUUGUAUGGAACGGCAAUCUGCCAACUCCAGGCUCAUCUUAGCGAUCCUGAUCGGAUGAGGUCAGAUGAAACACUGGGUGCUAUCAUGCUCAUGAGCAUUUUCGAAGUGGGAUUUGCCCAUCUUCAACGCCCACCGCUGACAUAUUGCCAGGUCAUUGCCUCUGCCGACAUGGACUCAAUGAAGUCAUUUAGCAAUCAUAUUAUCGCAGCCGCCAGAUGUAUAGACCUUCGUGGCCCCGGACAGUUCUAUAACGGUGGCAAAACAUCUGCAAGGUUGUUUGUCCAAUUACGAAGGAUCAUUACCAUGACUUGCCACCAACUACAGGAACCAAUUCCCCAUCCUCUGCAGAAGUGGUCUAGCUGGGCAGAAUGCGCCAACAGCGAGGUUGAGCCAACCUCGAAUCGAUUCUCUGAGCUCAAUGGGCGCUUGGCGCUUGCCCGCGCAGAGAUUAAGCACAAAUCAAUUACCUGCCCGGCAGUUCUAUCAGCAAUACUGCUGCCCAUAGAUGAGAUGUUUGAAGACUGGAGGAGGACCUUGCCGGCAUCUUGGGCUUUCAAGUCUUAUCACUCCUUGCCGUCAGCCAAUGGUCAGGUUAAGGAUUAUAUGCUACAGUACGACAUAUAUCCAGAUCUCUAUAUAGCAUCUAUGUGGAAUAGCUAUCGAUGCAUCCGUCUGCUUAUUCACGAAUCGAUCAUAGCUGCGAUAAUGAAGUGCAAUUCUAGAGAGCACAAGGAGAGACUACACGGUUCUCUGAGAGUUCUCAAGGCCAUGGCUGAUGAAGUUUGUCACAGCGUGCCUUAUCAUUUAAAGCUGCACCGAAACUCCGACGGCCGGCCUAGUGACCCUAUAUGCUCUGAAGAUGGUGAAAAGCUACCAAUACCGGGCGGGUAUCUCCUUUUCUGGCCACUCUUUCUGUCAGGAAUGCUGAGGGCAACUCCUAAGGAUCAGAGAGAGUGGAUUGCAUCUACACUGCGUUACAUUGGGCAACAAAUGGGGAUACAGCUGGCCCUAUUUAUGGCAUCGGCUUUGGAAAAGGUAGAAUCUAGCUUUUCAUCAAGCGAGACAUGGUUCAUCGGGGAAUUCUAUCCGUCUUAAACAAUUCUGGCUGACAUCUGCG